AUGUCGUUCUUCAAUAAACUCAACAAGGAGUUCUCGGGGUUUAUGGAUGGUGGAAAGAAGCCUGAAGCUCAAGCACCACCACCGCCAGCAGCAGAUCAUUCAAGAGGAUACGGCGACUACAAUCAGCAGCAACAAUAUCCACCUCAAGGACAGUAUCAACAGUACCCACCUCAACAUCAACAACAACAGAAUCAAUACGCACCCUCUCCUGCACAAUCACCUCCUGCACCAGGUCAAUACAACCAACAAGGACAAUGGCAAGCGCCGUCAACUCCACAGCAGUAUGGUAGCCAACCAUACAGUGGACCUCCAGCACAACAGCAGUACGGUCAACCAGCUGCACAGCCAUAUGGCCAACCUCCUCAGCAAUACGGCAGCCCAGCUCCUCAAUACAAUCAAUAUCAAUCACCGCCUCCUCAACAAAACAUUCCUGCUCCACAUGCUCCCAUUCUACCACCCGGGUGGACUCCACUCUGGGAUCCAAACGGAGGCCGUUGGGCAUACAUGGGAGGUGAUCAGAAAGUAGUCUGGACAGCACCAACAAGUCCUUUUGUUGAUCAAGGCGCCCAUGACUCAAGUCGUGGUGCUUUCGGUGGACCAGUUCCCGUUGAUGCUGGAUACGGAGCCGCGGCUGGGCCUGCAGGAUAUGGUGCGGCAACAGCUUUAGACACCAAGGACGUGAAGAAGGACAAAAAGGAUGACUCAAAUAAGAAGAUGAUGAUGGGAGCUGCUGGUGGUCUGGCAGUCGGUGCUAUUGGUGGUGCUUUGAUUGCAAACGCGAUGGAUGAUGAUGACCAUCAUGGCGGCGGCGGAGGGCAUGGAGGUGGUUAUGGUGGUGGAUAUGGCGGCGGUGGAGGCUAUGCACCAGAUGGCUACCCAUCUCAGCAAGCUUACCCACCUCCUGCUGGAUCUGGCAGCUCUGUCAGUAGCAGCGACAAGGAAGAGCUUGAGGAAGCUAGAGAGGAUUAUGAAGAGGCUUAUGAAGAGGCCUACGGUUCUGAUUGA